AUGGAUGCAGAAUAUAGUGCUCUAAUGCAGAAUCAUACAUGGAAGUUAGUUCCUUUACCUGAAGGAAGAGAAGCUAUUGAGAGUAGAUGGGUGUUUCGAGCCAAGUACAAUGCAGAUGGCUCCCUACAAAAAUAUAAAGCUCGAUUGGUAGCCCAGGACUUUUCACAAAGGCCUGGCUUUGACUUCACUGAGACUUACAUCCUUCAUGGUGACGUGGCUGAGUAUGUCUAUAUGAAACAGCCAAGAGGUUAUGAAGUUGGUGAUGGAAGCUUAGUAUGCAAACUCACAAAGGCUCUCUAUGGCUUAAAAUUUAGGCAUAACUCAGUGGUGUUUGUAUUGGUAUAUGUAGAUGAUAUACUCAUCACAGGAAACUUUGACAAAGUAGUUUCUCAAGUAAUUCAGCAGCUUAACAAUCAGUUUGCACUGAAGGACAUGGGUGAACUACAUUACUUUCUUAGUAUUCAAGUCACUAAAACAGUUGCGGGUGGUCUAAUACUAUCACAAGAGAAGUAUGUCAAAAACAUACUCAAGAAGGCUGAAAUAGAAAAUUGCAAACCAUGUCAAACACCUUUACCUUUUUCAGUAGUGGGCAGCCUGCAGUACCUAACUAUCACUCGACCAGAAUUAGCCUAUGAUGUUGGCAAGGUGUCUCAAUUCAUGCAAACACCCUUAGAUGAGCACUGGAAGCUAGUGAAAAGGAUGCUCAUGUAUGUAAGUGGUACAGCAAGCUUUGGUCUACACUUGCACAAAACCACUGUCCACAACAUUAGAGCCUACAUUGACUCUGAUUGGGGAGGAGAUCCGGAUGACAGAAAAUCCACUGGAGGCUUCUGUGUUUUUCUUGGAGACAAUUUGAUCUCGUGGAGUUCAAAGAAGUAA